CCGACUAUAGAUCUCUUUCUCUCACGCUAUUUUAUAUGAGGUACACAAGAGUACUUCGCGCCACAACCAUCUCUUUUUUAUAAGUUCUACGGACCGAUGCCUGCUGCUUCAUCUGGGAGAAAAGAAUCAUAGAUAUGCCGGUCAUUAGAAGGAAGAACCGCCAUAAAAAGAUUCCUCGUGUAUCAUCUGUAGCAAAACUAUGAACGGAAGCUAGCAAUCCGGACCGUAUUGAAAAGGUUCCUGAGACACAGCAUGGAAGAGUCACAAUAUUAAGAACCGAGAUCCAAGAAUGAAGAAGGGGUAGAAUUACGGAAUGAAUACGAGCUGUGGCUAAUACCCAAGGCAUAAAAGAAGCAUUUUCUACGGGAUCCCGAAACCACCAGCCACCCCGACCUAAUUCAUGAUGAGCCCACCAACUUCCUGGCAUGAUGCCCACGGUUAAAAACCACCGACAUGUCAAGAUCCAAAUUCGAAUCAGUUUCUGGUCCUGGUCAGAUACCACUGUGUUCGCGCCGGCGCUCCAACAAAGAGGCGAAGUAGUGGUAUCUUUCUGUUCAUUACGAAUGACACGCUUCGCCUGCUCCCUCCCCGUGCCCACUAGCGCUCCUGUCCAGAGCGAAGAGAAGGCGAAAAAGCGCCGCCAAAGCAGCAUGAGCAGGCUUCUAUUGCUACGCAACAAAAGAGCUGGAUAGCAUUUUGCGACCACAUGUUUGAAUUUGUUGUUAAAAAGAUCCCUUGUUAUACGGGAUCCGACGCAUCCAGCGGAGCGAAGCAGCGUUCCCUUCUUUUCGGCGGCAUCCUUCCGCAUUGGCGGCGAGUGGAGUGCCACAAUCCCGUUCAUCAUUUUUGAUCUACAUAAUCCAAAUGCCAUAGCACUGGCGACGUCUCCGGCAUAAAUGCAAGGAGGAUGUAUAGCUGAUAUAGGAUCUUGUGGAACAGGAUUUGAUUCUGCAAGCGGUUCGGUACGAACGAAGAAAUUUCGAACAAAAGGAUCGGAACUCGCUGAUAGGAAAGGAGAGAAAAACAAAGCAAUGCCAAGAGCUCCGUCAAUCCGCUGUUCAUCGAUAGACGAAGCUCUCUCUUUAUCAUCUCGCGCCAGAUGCAACAAAGGAUGAGUCCUUCUUUUUCCUUCUCGCGAACCACGGGAGCGCCUAGCACCUAGAGGAGCAAAGCUCAAUUUCCUUUCAGGGUAAAGCGGCGCAUAAAAAAGGGCUGGCCCGUCAAACGUCCGGUUCCUUCGCGAACGAAGUUCAGAAUCAACAAGGGUUCGUAGAACGAAGGGAGUGUACAACUGGGGCGCAGCCCCACUUUUUUGUUCGUAACGAGGGAGAGAUAGAAUGGAGUUCUUCACGAAGUUCGAGACAAAGUAAUAAAAAACUGCUCUAUGGCCUCCUCGUUUUGAGACAUUAUGGCUUUGGGGUCGACCCCGGUAACAAAGAAGGAAUCCAUAAAAACGUGGGAUCCGACACCAUGAUAAAAUACUACCCUCAUGAUUAGACCAUGUCCCUGAGAUUUGAUAAAAGAAAGGUGCAUUAGCGGUUAAUACGUUGUAAUUUGAUAAGUUAUUAGGAAUAUGACGGAACGAAAGACCAAGGAAAGAAAGAAGAAUGCACCAAAAUGCAGGUGCUGCACCAAACGCUGGUGGUUCUUUCUUGUUGUAAGUGAAUGCAACGAAAAGACCCGGAAAUAACGAAUAAUGAAACAAUUCAUAUAUUAUUGACAUUUCGUGCUGUGUGUGCUUAUUCAAAAAAAAUUCUGCUUUGUUAUUCCCAUCAUCCGGUAACCACAGGAUGAUCCACAAGAAAGGUGGCAGGAUUCGAACCUAUGGCCGGCCCGCCCCUGACCCUAUGAUUUUAGGGGGGUUGGGUGGCCGGGUUAGCACCCCU